AUGAAAUUCUACUUGACAAGUAUUCAACUCUUUUUGGCAACUUUCCUUGUUGCGAUAAUGCAACAUAUGGUGUGGGCAGCUCCUGCAGAAGCUAGCAAUAAUCACCAGGAGGUACAGAAGGCCGAUGAAGUCGAAACGGCUCAGUUCCCUCGACCUCCACUCCCACCAUUCCCCCCAUUCCCACCUACCGUCGGUCCUGGUGUUCCUGGAUUCCCUCCCCCACCUUUGCCUCCAUUCCCUCCAUUCCCACCUACCGUCGGUCAUGGUUUUCCUGCAUUCCCUCCUCCACCUUUGCCUCCAUUCCCUCCAUUCCCACCUACCGUCGGUCCUGGUGUUCCUGGAUUCCCUCCCCCACCUUUGCCUCCAUUUCCUCCAUUCCCACCUACCGUCGGUCCAAUCCGCCCUUUCCCUGGCAGAGGCCGUGCUUAG